AUGGCUGAGACCUCCGGUUGUGUUCGCAUCCCUAUGGCCAACCCCGCUACAGCAGCAUGGGACGUCCCUAUCUCCAGCACUGAUCAGAGCAAGCUCCUUAACGGCUUCUGCCCGCAGGAUAUGGACGACAAGUGGGGGCUCCGCGCCGACGGCCCGGACGCGCAGGGCAACUUUAUUCUGCGCAUAUACAGGAGCUGGACAGGAGAUGAGCACAUGGCCCUGGGGGUGCAACAGACCAAGAUUUCUCAGAUUCAGUGGAUUCAGCGGGAGGGAUAUGGGGAGAAUGAUACUAAAUAUUUUGCGAAGGCGAUUUGUCGGAGUCUCUGA